GGGCAGCAGAGAAGGAGCUGCCUCUCUGGAGGGAGGCAAAAUAUUCUGCAGUUUAGUUCAUCAUUAAAUUAAAUCUUCGUGCAUUGUCCAGUUGUGUACACUAUGGCAAAGGCUGUAUUGAUUGAUCUGUGCCACCUAGGAGCUAGCUCUUGGAAUAACCAAAUUCAGGAAUCACUCAUUAGGACAUUAGAAGCUAUUGAGGAGAAGGAUCCUUCCCAGUCUCCCUUUGUUUGCCUUAUGUGUUGCCAAGCCUUAAGUAAAAAGAAUGGCGAAGAUGCACUUCAUAAAGUAAUGCAGAUUCUUCCUUGCCCAGAGAGAAAAUUUGAGGUUGUGUGUUCUGAAAAUACAGUUGCUACCUUGUACACCAUUAAACAAAAGCUUGAUGAUAAAAACAUAAAUAUUGUUAAAAUAAUCUUGACAUCACAAAGAAAGCCAUUAAUCAGAGAAUACAUCAGUCAGCUUUUUACUAGUGUUUACCAGUUUGAGUAUAAAAAUUUAGAGAUAUCGUGUGAAGAAAAUAAUCUCCCAAAAUCAACAGUACUAAAGAGUAAAUUAAUGUCACUCUCAGAACAAGAUACAGAAAGGAUCCAAAGUGAGAUAAAGAUGUUUUUGGAAAGUCUGCCUGCUCUGAAUGGAAAGCUCACCAUUCUCAAAUCUUCAUUGAUUCCAGAUGAUAUCUUCCUCCAUGGAUUCACUACAAGAACAGGUGGCAUUUCAUACAUAUCAACCCUGAGCUCCUUAAAUCUCUUCAGUAGCUCCAAGCGGCGUGAUCCACCUGCUGUAGUCAAAGAAAACCUUCGUAGGUUAGCCAUUGCUGCUGGAUUCAGCCAAGAUACAUAUCAUAGUGUAAAGGUCAACCAUGCCAGUGAUGUUUGGGUCAUGGGAAAGGCUAAACCAGAGAGCUAUGAUGGAAUAGUAACUAACCAGAAAGGUGUUACAAUAGCAGCUCCUGGAGCAGAUUGCAUCCCUGUGCUUUUUGCUGAUCCAGUCCAAAAAGCAUGUGGUGCUGCUCAUUCAGGUUGGCAAGGCACAUUGCAAGGAGUUUCUAUGGCUGUUGUUAAUGCUAUGAUAACUGAAUAUAGAUGUAAUGUGAAGGACAUACUUGUGGUCUUGGGGCCAUCUGUGGGACCUUGUUGCUUUAAACUACCCCAGAAGUCAGCCGAAGAAUUUCACAGGAUUGAUCCAAAAUGUGUAAGACUUUAUGAAUCAUCACACCCUUACAUUGAUAUCCGAAGAGCAACACGUGUUCUUCUUGAGGCUGGAGGGGUUCUGCCUCAGAACAUUCAAGAUUAUUCUGUAAUGGAUCUAAACCAAAAUGUCACCCUCUGCACAUCGUGUUGCCCUGAUCAGUUCUACUCUCAUGUUCGUGAUGGUGAGAAUUUUGGGACGCAGAUUGGCUUCAUAUCAAUUAAAGGAUGACAGUUUAUCGCAGGAGUGUGUAGUGGCAGAAUGGAAGUUUACUUCAUGCUCAGAAUCCUGGAUCAGGUGUGGAACUGUUACACAGAUGGAUCUACUAGAAUUUUUUUUCUCUGUUUCCACCAACCCCACUCCACUCUACCAAUGUGCUGCCUGGUCAGGCAUACUGUGUCACUUUGGGUGAAGCUGAAACUUCCAAACCUUACCUUAAAAUAUCCAGUCUUUCUUUAUGCAGACUCUGCCAUCAACAUAUUUGAUGUGGUAGCAUUUGAAUGGCAGCAAAGUUGACUACGGGCUGAACAGUGGAAUGUAAGGGCACUGCAUUAGCUAUAUGCUUGUUGCAAAUAAAUUAUCUGGAUCACCUCUUCAGUUCAUCUUUGGAAACAGAUGUGAGAGAGGGAAAGUUCCAGCAUCUGUGCAAGAGAUUCGUUUACACCAGCAGCAAUUUUCUCUAUUUGCAAGUAGUAGGCACGUUUGCAUUUGUUUAUCAUUCAGGCCCUUUUUUUAAAGAACAAAGUGCCAAGUGAGCUGAGAAGCAAGUUUUACUAGGAUUUGUCCAUAAUAUUUUUCAGUGUGACAUGACAAACACUUUCAACUGUAAAUUCUCCACACCUGUAAAUAAAAUAUUGAUUUGUCAGACAUA